AUGGAGAAGCUUAAGAGUCUCGAUGUUGAGGGAUGGAUCAAAGUCCGGCGAAGAAGGUCUAUCACAAACAGAGCCAUAACGACUCUCUAUGUUUCAAACAUCUCGGAUGGGUUUAACUACAAGGAUGUUUGGGAUAUUUUUAUGGAGUUUGGCAAAGUAAUUGAUGUGUAUAUUGCAAGGAAGAAGGACAUUAGUGGCUCAAACUUUGCAUUCAUAAGGUUCAAAGGGAUAAAGUACAUUGAGGAGUUGGAAAUGAAAACUGGCAAUGUGAAAUGUCGUAAGUGUAUUCUCAAGGUGAACGAGACAAGAUUUCUUAGAAGUGUGAUGUCAACUGCAAAAACGAGCCCCUUCCCCCUGUAG